UCCUGGAGUAGAAGCAGUGCUGACUGUACUGAAGAGCAGGAGCCGGAUCUGUGAGAAAUGUAGCUUGGCUCAGGGCUACACCGGGAGCUGCUGCUUCGGUGUUAAAGAUGGCAAAACAACACCUACCUCAGGUUUUUCCAUGAUUAAUGCUAUUUUCAUAACCGGGAGGGAAGAAGAUGUGAGAAAUUUUGUGAAAUUUUCUUGUGGCAAUGUUAUCAUCAGAGAAAGUGGGGAAAAUCACUAGGCUUGAACUUCUCUUCAUUUUGAUGUUCUUCUUCUCGGGACCAACUCUGAGCAAGCUGGCCAGGACCCCCUGGAAGGGAAAAGCUUGGAAGGGGGGAUCUCGUCUUCGCCAGGAAGACUUUCCCCCGCGGAUUGUGGAACACCCUUCGGAUGUCAUUGUCUCUAAGGGAGAGCCCACCACCCUGAACUGCAAGGCGGAGGGCCGCCCCACGCCCACCAUCGAAUGGUACAAGGAUGGAGAGCGGGUGGAGACCGACAAGGACGAUCCCCGGUCCCACAGAAUGCUUCUGCCCAGUGGAUCCCUGUUCUUCCUGCGCAUUGUGCACGGGCGCAGAAGUAAACCCGACGAAGGCAGCUACGUGUGUGUGGCACGGAACUACCUUGGUGAAGCAGUGAGUCGAAAUGCAUCUCUGGAAGUGGCAUUGUUGCGAGAUGACUUCCGGCAAAACCCCACCGACGUGGUAGUGGCCGCUGGGGAGCCUGCGAUCUUGGAGUGCCAACCCCCACGGGGCCACCCCGAGCCCACCAUCUACUGGAAAAAGGACAAAGUCCGAAUUGACGACAAGGAGGAGAGAAUAAGUAUUCGUGGUGGGAAACUGAUGAUCUCCAAUACAAGAAAGAGUGAUGCAGGAAUGUAUACCUGUGUAGGCACCAAUAUGGUGGGAGAAAGAGACAGCGACCCGGCAGAGCUGACUGUCUUCGAACGACCAACAUUUCUCAGGAGGCCAAUUAACCAGGUGGUGCUGGAGGAAGAAGCUAUAGAAUUUCGCUGUCAGGUGCAGGGAGAUCCUCAACCAACCGUGCGGUGGAAAAAAGAUGAUGCAGAUCUGCCACGUGGAAGGUAUGACAUCAAAGAUGAUUACACCCUGAGAAUUAAAAAGGCUAUGAGUACAGAUGAAGGCACAUAUAUGUGUGUUGCUGAGAAUCGGGUGGGAAAAGUGGAAUCUUCUGCUACCCUCACUGUCCGAGCUCGCCCUGUUGCUCCUCCACAGUUUGUGGUUAGGCCAAGGGAUCAGAUUGUUGCUCAAGGUCGAACAGUAACAUUUCCCUGUGAAACGAAAGGAAACCCACAACCAGCUGUGUUUUGGCAGAAGGAAGGCAGCCAGAACCUGCUUUUCCCAAAUCAACCCCAGCAGCCCAACAGCCGAUGCUCCGUGUCACCAACAGGAGACCUCACGAUCACCAACAUUCAGCGCUCAGACGCCGGCUACUACAUCUGCCAGGCCCUAACUGUGGCAGGAAGCAUUUUAGCAAAAGCUCAACUGGAGGUUACUGAUGUUCUGACAGAUAGACCUCCACCAAUAAUCUUACAAGGUCCGGUAAACCAAACAUUAGCAGUAGAAGGUACAGCAAUACUGAAAUGUAAAGCCACUGGUGAUCCUCUUCCUGUAAUUAGCUGGUUAAAGGAGGGAUUUACUUUUCUGGGUAGAGAUCCAAGAGCAACUAUCCAAGAGCAAGGAACACUGCAGAUUAAGAAUUUACGGAUUUCUGAUACUGGCACUUACACUUGUGUGGCUACAAGUUCAAGUGGGGAGACUUCCUGGAGUGCUGUGCUGGAUGUGACAGAAUCUGGACCAGCAAUCAGUAAAAAUUAUGAUUUAAAUGACCUGCCAGGGCCACCAUCCAAACCACAGGUUACAGAUGUUACUAAGAACAGUGUCACCUUGUCCUGGCAGCCAGGUCCCCCUGGAGCUCUUCCAGCAAGUGCAUAUAUCAUUGAGGCUUUCAGCCAAUCCGUGAGCAAUAGCUGGCAGACAGUGGCAAACCAUGUAAAGACCACCCUCUAUACUGUGAGAGGAUUGCGGCCCAAUACAAUCUACUUGUUUAUGGUCAGAGCAAUCAACCCCCAAGGUCUCAGUGACCCAAGCCCUAUGUCAGAUCCUGUGCGUACUCAAGAUAUCAGCCCACCUGCCCAAGGAGUGGACCACAGACAAGUACAGAAAGAACUAGGGGACGUCCUUGUUCGCCUUCACACACCAGUUGUGCUGACUCCUACUACUGUCCAGGUCACAUGGACGGUGGAUCGCCAGCCGCAGUUUAUUCAAGGCUACCGAGUCAUGUAUCGUCAGACAUCAGGACUGCAAGCUACGUCAUCCUGGCAGAAUUUGGAUGCCAAAGUCCCCACUGAGCGAAGUGCUGUCUUAUCCAGUCUGAAAAAGGGGGUGACUUACGAGAUUAAAGUUCGACCCUAUUUUAAUGAGUUCCAAGGAAUGGAUAGUGAAUCUAAAACGGUCCGUACUACUGAAGAAGCCCCAAGUGCCCCUCCACAAUCUGUCACCGUGAUGACGGUCGGAAGCCACAAUAGCACAAGUAUUAGUGUUUCCUGGGAUCCUCCUCCCCCAGACCAUCAGAAUGGAAUCAUCCAAGAAUACAAGAUCUGGUGUCUAGGAAAUGAAACUCGAUUCCACAUCAACAAAACUGUGGAUGCUGCCAUUCGAUCUGUAAUAAUUGGUGGAUUAUUCCCAGGAAUCCAAUAUCGGGUAGAGGUGGCAGCUAGUACCAGUGCAGGGGUUGGAGUAAAAAGUGACCCACAGCCAAUAAUAAUUGGGGGACGUAAUGAAGUCGUCAUUACUGAGAACAAUAACAGCAUAACAGAGCAAAUCACUGAUGUUGUGAAGCAACCUGCCUUUAUCGCUGGUAUUGGUGGGGCCUGCUGGGUCAUCCUGAUGGGUUUUAGCAUCUGGCUGUACUGGCGAAGAAAGAAGAGAAAGGGGCUCAGUAAUUAUGCUGUAACAUUUCAAAGAGGAGAUGGAGGACUCAUGAGCAAUGGAAGCCGUCCAGGUCUUCUAAAUGCUGGUGAUCCCAAUUAUCCAUGGCUUGCUGAUUCAUGGCCAGCCACGAGUUUGCCAGUGAACAAUAGUAAUAGUGGUCCAAAUGAAAUUGGGAAUUUUGGGCGUGGAGAUGUGCUGCCACCGGUUCCAGGCCAAGGGGAUAAAACAGCAACGAUGCUCUCAGAUGGAGCCAUUUAUAGUAGCAUUGACUUCACAACCAAAACCACUUACAACAGUUCCAGCCAAAUAACACAGGCCACCCCAUAUGCCACGACGCAGAUCCUGCAUUCCAGUAGCAUCCAUGAAUUGGCAGUUGAUCUGCCUGAUCCACAGUGGAAAAGCUCAAUUCAGCAAAAAACAGAUCUGAUGGGAUUUGGUUAUUCUCUACCUGAUCAGAACAAAGGUAACAAUGCCUUACUUUACAUCCCUGACUACCGAUUGGCUGAGGGAUUGUCUAAUAGAAUGCCACACAACCAGUCACAGGAUUUCAGCACCACCAGCUCUCACAACAGCUCAGAAAGGAGUGGCAGUCUAUCAGGUGGGAAAGGUGGAAAAAAGAAAAAAAAUAAAAAUUCUUCCAAACCGCAGAAAAACAAUGGAUCGACCUGGGCCAAUGUUCCUCUACCUCCUCCCCCAGUCCAGCCCCUUCCGGGUACAGAGCUGGAACACUAUGCCGUGGAAGAGCAAGAAAAUGGCUAUGACAGCGAUAGCUGGUGUCCACCAUUACCCGUGCAGACAUAUUUACACCAGGGUAUAGAAGAUGAACUGGAAGAAGAUGAUGAUCGGGUCCCAACACCUCCUGUUCGAGGCGUGGCUUCUUCUCCUGCUAUCUCCUUUGGACAGCAAUCCACUGCCACGCUCACUCCCUCCCCGCGGGAGGAGAUGCAGCCCAUGCUGCAGGCUCACCUGGACGAGCUGACGAGGGCCUAUCAGUUUGAUAUAGCAAAGCAGACAUGGCACAUUCAAAGCAAUAAUCAACCUCCACAGCCCCCUGUUCCACCAUUAGGUUAUGUGUCUGGAGCCUUGAUUUCUGACUUGGAAACAGAUGUUCCAGAUGAUGAUGCUGAUGAUGAAGAGGAAGCUUUAGAAAUGCCCAGGCCCCUGAGAGCACUGGAGCAGACCCCAGGAUCCAGUAUGGACAAUCUAGACAGCUCUGUGACAGGUUCAAUGGUAAAUGGCUGGGGCUCUGCAUCUGAUGAGGAUCAUAACUUUUCUAGUCAUAGAUCUAGUGUAGGUAGCUCCUCAGAUGGCUCCAUCUUUGCCAGCGGCAGUUUUGCACAAGCACUGGUGGCAGCAGCAGAUAAAGCUGGUUUUAGGCUGGAUGGAACCAGCCUUACGAGAACAGGAAAAGCCUUUACCUCCUCUCAAAGACCUCGACCCACCAGCCCAUUUUCUACUGACAGUAAUACCAGUGCAGCUCUGAAUCAAAGUCAGAGGCCUAGGCCCACCAAAAAACACAAGGGAGGGCGAAUGGACCAACAGCCAGCAUUGCCUCAUCGCAGGGAAGGAAUGACAGAUGAUCUUCCACCACCACCAGAUCCCCCACCAGGUCAGGGUUUAAGGCAGCAAAUAGGCCCGAGCCAGCAUACUGGUAACGUGGAAAACUCAACAGAGAGAAAAGGAAGUUCUCUAGAGACACAACACGCAUCCAACUUAGAAGACACAAAGAGCUCACUGGAGUGUCCAGCUAAAACCUCUCUAGAGUGGCAGCGACAAACCCAGGAAUGGAUAAACUCCACAGAACGCCAAGAAGACACACGGAAAGCCCCACACAAACAAGGUGUUGGAUCAGAGGAGGCCUUGGUGCCCUACAGCAAACCCAGCUUCCCAUCUCCCGGUGGCCACAGCUCAUCGGGAACAUCUUCUUCGAAAGGGUCCACUGGACCCAGGAAAGCCGAGGUGUUGCGAGGGGGCCACCAGCGCAAUGCCAGUGACCUUCUUGACAUAGGAUAUAUGGGCUCAAAUAGUCAAGGACAGUUUACAGGUGAAUUAUAGUAACUGAGAGGAGACCUUCAAAGCUGCUCUGAAGGACCAUCAGGUCCGAACUCAUGGAAGUUAUGACACUAAACAGUGCAAUGAACAAUUUCUUUUAUUUAUGUACUAUUAAAAGAACUGUAAAUGCAAUGUAAAGACACACAGCCACACAUAUCCCACAGAUAUCUUACUUGUGUUCUUCUCUUAAGUAAACCACCCACCUUAACUCUUUCUUGUCAGGAGUAUAUAAAAGAAGGAAGAAAACAAAACUCAGAAACUCACCCUCCAGGAAGAAAAGGAUUUUCCUCUGUAUAUAAUUUCUUUUGUGCUUUGCUAUGCAAGCUCACCCUUUUUAGCUCUGUUCAUAUUAUUGUCUGUUCUUAAUUGUCUGUUGUACUAUAUGUGAAUUAAUGGGCUGUGUUGCCAUAUAUUAACUUUUAAUUGUGUAACUUUUAUGUUUAAAUUUUGCACUGCAAUUUUAUUUGGUGAUAAGCACAAAUCUCUACUCCUCAAAACAUGAAGAAAGAUUGAAUGUGAAGGGAGUUGCUGUACUGUAAGUGAGUUGGAUGAUGCUGGUGUAACCCGUCACAUUAGAUGGCUCUCAGUGGGGGUGUAGAAAGAGCAAGAUGCAAAGGAAUAAUGGUACUGGCAAAGUCUUCUCUGAAUUGAGAAGUGACUCAAUUUACAAAGCUUUUAUUGCUGACAAAAGUGAGGGUCAAAGGAAGGAAGUCUAAGCCUUUAGACUGAAUACACAUUCAGAUAUGCAGGUAGUGAAGAGGAACUAAUCUUGCUUUUAAAAAAAGAUAAAGUUUCAUUUAGAAUCAAUUUUACCUAAAGUUCUAAUUGACCCACCUGAGAAUUACAAGAAGCAAAAGAAAAUUAAGGCGUUUCACAAGAGCUGUAUUUAUACUACCGUUUUUAAAUAGCAUUUUCUGAAUUAUCAUAAUUAAUAUUUCCAACUCAUUAAGUCAGAAUAUAACAUGAAGCUCCCCAAGGAAACAACCAAAAUGAACUCUAGAGUACCUAGAAAAUAGUUAAAGAAGCUAUUUAUUAUUAGGACAUACUCAGGCUGCUUCUAAAUAUGAACUCUUUUGCAAUAUCUUAUUUCAUCUUUCUAAUACAUGUACAGUACACAAUAGAGGUUAGAACUGCACCACUUAAAUUCAUGACUUUUAUAAAAAUAAUGCAGUCUACAUACACUUUCAUGUUGCAUUUGAUUAAGAAGCAAAGUCAAUGCCACCCAAUGUAUAGCCAAAUUGUAAGUGCUUAUAAAGCAGUGUUCAGAGUAUGUUCAGCUCACAGUAAGUAGAUUUAUUGGAAUAAACACCUUUUGGUAGAGUCUCAGAAAUUGGCUACCAAUUAAAAUCUGUUUGACCCAUUUUAAAUGAGUAAAUUGAAAAAGAAAAUUGAAAACGAGGAAAAUUGCAUGUUUAUGACACUUUUUAAAUAAAAUCAAACCUUGUAAGUGGACAUUAAUAACGGCGUCCUGCCUUAUUUGUUUUCACAACAUUGAGAACAGGAAGUUCUGAACAUCAGUUAUGCACACUCCAAAUAUGUGACUUUGAAAUCUGUUAAACUACUGUACAUGUAUAAUCAAUCAGUAAAGUAGAAGAUUCUUGUGAUUCCCACCUGUGACAUUUUCUCAUGUACCACCUACACAAUCUUAACCUCUAUUUCUGCCUAUAUUUUCUAAUGCUUUUUCUCUAUGUUCAGUACUUGGGUGAUUGAAAAUUACUCAAUGUGAUGACCAUGAUAAAUUCUAAAAUAGGGGACCCCCUGCAUGACAGUUCACACUCUGCAUGGUUUUGGCUCAGUACAGCUCACGGGUAAUAUCAUUAAAUGUUCCAUCAUUUUUGUUCCCCCGUGACUGCAUCAGCACAGGCAGCAUAGAUUUCAGAGUUCUUGAUAGGUCCCACCAUCUUCUCGGGGCCACAUAGUUCGUUUCUUCACUGAAGAGAAGAACUUUCAGACACACUUAUAAAACCCUCCACCAACUUUCUACCAUCAGUGCCUGAAUUUUAAUGCAGUUUGGUUUCUAUCUAGGACAGAGACUGGGAAAGGGGAAAAGAUUCUGCAAAAAUGAUACAUGAUUAUUACCAACUCUAAGACAUAAUUUCAUCAUUUGUGCAGUUCCUUGCUUCACCUUCCUGCAUUUAAAAGCAAAUUUCUAAGUUGUUUUUAUUCAUUUGUUUUCCUCUUUUACUCUGCUCAGUAAUGGAAUAUAGUUUAAAACUUCGGUAUAUUACACAUUACACAUUGCCUUUACACUUAAUAACUGGCACUUGUGGAUGAUUUGUAAGUCAAGACUUCAAAGUUGUAUCUUGGUUUUACAGAUGAUUUGUAGAAUAAUGCAGGGCAUAGCAUCGUACUUUUUUGUGAUUGUUUUCAAUGCACAAAAAUUUUUAAAAUAUGUCAAUACAGACCUUGUAGCUACUUGGAAUAUUCUUUUAGAAUAAUCCAUAUUGUCUGUUAAAUCUUAUUUUAAAUAAAUUAAUCUGUCUAAUCUAUCACCCAAUAUACAUAUGCAUAGUAUCCUCACAUGGAGGAUAAUAAGGUAUAGCUAUAUGAAUUCAGGAACCAUAUCAAAAAUGAAAAGCUUUUAUCAGCUUGCUAUUUUCAAAAAUUUACUAUCAGUGAAGUCAGAAUAUUAAAAGAAGAAUACCAACCUGUAUAACAGCCACCUUGGUUUUCUUUGUGUGACAUUAAAUGAAUGUGAUUCAAAAUUCACUGAAUUCAGUCUUUGCUGGUCUAAAUAGCAUUCAGGCCAGCAUACAGGAUCAGGGGGAAAUGGUGGAAGAUAAAUUACUCUUAUCUUGCACUCCUAGGCAAUGAGGCUAUGCAGUCACACCAGACACAUGUGUUCAUAACAGGCAGGGUCUGCUUCCCAGUGCUCAAACUCAGGUAUGCCAGCAUAUGCAGUAGAGUCAACGUGCCCACCUCCAAAUCUUUGCCAUACCUUUUAAAAAUAGGAUCAUGCAGGGGCAUGAAAACAAUUGUUUCCUUCACAGGAUUUGAAUCAAGUUUAAGAAAGAAUAGAGGAAAGUCAAGACCAACGUGUGAGGUAUCACACAAUCAACUAGAACCAUUGGAACUAGAACCAUUGCAAGUUUACUUGCUUUGAAUAAGAGAACAAAAUUCAUGGUGUUCUCUGUCAUAGUUGAAAGCUCUAGGUAUUUAAAUAUAUUUUCAAUGGAAUUUAGUUCAAAGUUUGUAUGUACUUUGAUGGAACACCUCCCAAUUUCACUUCAAUAUACUUAUGUAAUUGUCCCUUGACAAUAAAAUAAUAACAAUGCCAAUGAGCUCUAAACUGUGGAUUACCUCCACUGGAAAGUGAUUGUGUGUCAGUAUUAAAGAUAUGCAGAACUAUAAGAAUCACUAAUGUUAGUUUCCUCAUCUGCUUCUGUACGUUGUGUUUAUAGAACUACAUGACAAACAUUGGUGUAAAUCAACAUGUUUUCCACAUUAUCUUAGAGGUGAAGUUAUGUUUAUUUUGCUUCUUUAUAAUGUGUUUGUCAAAUGAAACACCAUUCAUUUUUAAGUGACAUACUAAUUUUCUUUAAUUUCAUGAUUUCAAAACCAUUUAUUGUGACUUUAAAGUGUUGCAAGAUAAGGGAUUUUGUGGCCGUGGUAGAUUUUUUUAUACUUUGUUUUAUAGGUAGAUUCUUUUUUUAAACUGUAGUUGGUUUAAGUCACCAAACAGCGUCUAAAAUCUUACUGUGUUUCAUUUGAUGUUGUUAGAUUGGCAAAGAAAUUGGCAUAAAAAUUGGUUAAUAGUAUUGUCAAAGAAUUGUGUAUUGUGUACUCACUGGGAAAAAUAAAAUAUAUUCACAUUU